AUGGCUGGAGAGCUCGAGGAUUUACUCGGGGAGUUGGUCGAAUGGCUGGACUUGAACAUAGACAUACAUACCCAACCCCUACGUGAAUUCAUCCUGAUUCUCAAGUUCUCAAGACUGUUCUUCAACAAGAUUUCUAGAGUAACUAGCGAAGAUUCUUAUCCAAUAUUAGACAUGAACACUGCUCAGCUCUUGAAUCUCAUCGACCUCACCGUCUCUAUCCCUCCCAAACUCAUGAGUUUUUACGACAACAUCGAAUGUAAUUACGCGCCUCGCCGCAAUAUCAAUCUCCAAAAAGUCUCAGAUCUUGCCAAACUCUUCCAAGCUCCCCUGAACCUUUUGUCCAAUCAUCUCAGUGACCAAGCUGCAAACCCAAACUGCCCUCAAAACGUCCAUGUAAAGUUUAUUCAAUGGAUCAGAGUACUCGUCAUUUAUUUGAUCAGUAUAAGAUGUAACAACAUGCAAAGUCUGUAA